CUCAGAAAAUCUCGGAAACUUCUUUAUCUUUCUCCUUUGACAUUGUUUUCCUUUUUCUUCUCUUUGUAAGAUCAUAUUAGCUGCUAAAACAUGGGCGGACUUUCCUUAAUGCUACUUCUUCAUUACGCAUAGACACAGGGGAAUCAAACGAGAACGAUGUGCAGCAACAGCGUUGGUGGUCGUGCGGUUGCCAGUGCCAGUGGCGUGGGUGAUCGUCAUGAUUUCGCAAGUUCUAGUAUAAGGAAGGCGAAGAAACAAAGGAUCCCCAAAAGAGGGCCUGGAGUGGCAGAACUAGAAAAGAUAUUGCGAGAACAAGAGCAGAAAGAUGGUGCAGGACAGAUAAUUGGAGGGAUCUCUUCAUCCUUACUCCCAUCACUUCCCAAUACUUAUCCUCCUCCUCAUUCUUCUUUUGUAUCUUCCUCAAAUCCUUUACCGAGAAACGUUACUUUUCUUCCUGAUCAUAAUCAUCUCGGCAACGCUCCUGGUACUCCAUCUCUUCCUCCAGUGGCUGCCCUGUCUGGUAACAUUAAUGGUAACGGCUAUGAUAAUCUUGAGGGUAGUUUACAGAUAGGAGGUGGAAGUGUGGGUGGUAAUGGUCGUAGUAAAGGAGUCUAUAUUGGCGGAUCAGGUGUAUAUCUGCCCGAACAAACCUUAUUGCCAAUAACGUGGGGCUCCACUGAGACAAGGAAAGGCGAGGAAGCUCCUAAAAUGGAUGCUGAUUUUUCAUUUCCUAUACUUGUUUCAAAGGGAUCUGAUCGUCACAAUCCCCCUCGCAUGUUGCAAAAGACCCAUAGCCCUUGCCAUCCUUCAAUGGUGAAUUUUUUUCCGCGGUCAGCAGAAUCGUCUCCAUCAACCCCACCAUCAUCAUCUGCAGGGGUGUAUCAUCAUGUAGAGCCCCCUUCAAACCAAAAAUCUUGUCUCAACUACACAUGUAUAUUGCCAGAGGAAGACAAGGUGAUUGGCGUCAAGCGGCCAAGGCCUAAUUUCCCUGUCGACAAGUGGCUGCCAGCUCCUCCUUCGUUGCCCUAUCAGCUUCCCCAUUCCCACCCUCACAUUCCCAGGCUUGGUCCUUCAAUGUCUUCAUCUAAUAACCAUGGUGUGUUCAAUCUUGAAACAGCAUCCAGAGACCCAAUGCCAACUAGCCCUUUGGAGCUGAAAAAAGUGAAAAGCUGUGUUAAUGAUCAAGGGAACCCUUCUGGCAAUGGCAGUGCCCCGAUCACAUUGGGCUCUCCAACAACUCCUUUGCCAUCAACUCAGAAAUGUUGUGAACCAGACUUCUCCAAAUUCAAACAAUACCCUUUCCAAGAAAGGAAGGAAAGCUCUGAUGUGUUAUUCCAAAGGUCAUCAGGAUCAGAGGGAUCGGUUCACAAGAGGAGUUUCUUUACCUUCUUAUUACAACCAGAAGAGCAAAGGGAUGCAGCCGAAGCCACACCUAGUUUCAAAAAUGAGAAAUGUGAAAAAACAGGAGAUUUCAUUGAUCUUACCUUAAAGCUCUAAAUUGGUGCAUGAUGUGCCUCUUUAAUUAAGGAAUGUAGUCCCCCAAAAAAUCUUGAUUAAGGGGCAUAUCCUAUCUGCUAGAACUUCUUGUUUUAUGGAUAUUAAUCUUUUAGAAUAGAUAUGGCUUUUAAUGAUUGAAA